UAGUUGAACUGAAUUAGUUUAAUAUUAGUCUAUAUCAUUUAAUUAAGUAUUCAGUAAGUAUAUGUAUUCAUUUGGAGGAAAAAAAAGUUAUUGCUGCUUUGCCAGUUAGUUCAUAAACGAAUCCGGACUGAAGGGGGUAGCAACACGUAGUCGCCCUUUUCUGACGUAACGAGCAGCAGAAGAAGAAGAGGAAACUCCGCCCUUCCUACUGCCGUUGACCAAUGAGAAGUCCCCAUUCUGAAACAGCUCAUUGUACGAUAGGUGUGCUUCGGCACUGGACAGCUAGUAAGCUACAUUUACUGACAGAAGGCUAAAAACAAAACUCUUCCUACUCGUUAGAUAAUCUCGUUUCUGUCAGAGAACAAAGCCCAGAGUGACAAACCCAAACAACAACUGCAUUUGGCACCAUGGUUGGUGUUAAGGUAAUCGGGAACGACCCGGACUUCCAACCGGAGUUAGCGGCCGCCGGCUCUAGGCUCACCGUGGUGAAGUUCACAAUGGCUGGGUGUCGACCCUGCGUCAGAAUAGCUCCGGCCUUCAACAUGCUGAGUAAUAAGUAUCCACAGGUUGUCUUCCUCGAGGUCGAUGUCCACGUCUGUCAGGCGACGGCAGCAGCCAACAACAUCUCAGCCACACCCACGUUCUUGUUCUUCCGGAACCGGGUGCGGGUGGAUCAGUACCAGGGAGCCGAUGCUGCGGGUCUGGAGGAGAAGAUCAAACAGCACACAGAGAACGACCCGGGAAAUGGCGAGGACUCAGACAUUCCAAAGGGAUAUAUGGACCUCAUGCCUUUUGUCAACAAGGCGGGCUGCGAGUGUCUGAACGAGAGCGACGACUGUGGCUUCGACAGUUGUUUAAUUAAAGACUCCUCCUACCUGGAGUCCGACUGUGACGAACAGUUACUGAUAACAAUGGCCUUCAACCAACCCGUGAAGCUGUUCUCUAUGAAACUGCAGUGCUCAGACCUCGCCCAGGCCCCCAAGGUAUUAAAGAUCUUCAUCAAUCUCCCCCGGUCGAUGGGGUUUGACGACGCCGAGCGGAGCGAAGCCACCCAAACCCUGGAGCUGUCCGAGGAGGACUACAAAGACGAGGGUCUGAUUCCUCUGCGCUACGUCAAGUUUCAGAACGUGCAGAGUGUUACGAUGUUUGUGAAGUCAAACCAGGGAGACGAGGAGACAACAAAAAUCAACUACCUGACGUUCAUAGGCACACCGGUCCAGGCCACCAACAUGAACGACUUCAAAAGGGUAGUGGGGAAGAAAGGUGAGAGCCACUGAGCAGGAGAACCAACGGGGCCGGAGGAUGAGAGAAAGAUGAGGAGGAGCAGGACUAUAGAAACAUCCAAGGACUUUACCUCCUCCAAAGCUGCCACAUGUGAAGCUGUCAAAAAAAGAAAAAAACCCGACCUCCUGCAGUCGUCCUCUUGCUCUUAAUGAAUUCUCAUCCAUAAAUCAUUUAUAUUGUAAUUCUGAUGAAAGCCUGUAAAUAAAACACAGUCCUUUUUCAAAGGCAUGUGUGUCAAGUCUGCUUUUAUGGGGAUCUUCAGCUUUUGGAGGAACAGAGAGCUGAUGGCCGUAUGGGUUAGAACUACAUGUCAAAUACAUUUUGAACUCAAGAGGGAGCUUUCUGAUGAGAUUAAUGGUUGGUUCUAGGGUGGUUCCUCCAAACACGCCAUUUCAGAACUGACAGACUUAAGGUUUUUAGUAACACCCCUACUCUGGACUGCUUUAAUGAAAUAACAUUUGAAACAUCGCUUUUAUAACUAACCUAGAAUUACUCUAACUACUCUAACAGUAGUGGUUACUAUCCUGUCUGUAAAAUACCUGAUUCGAAUCGAUACAGCAAGCAGUAUGCAAAAUUGAAUGACCUCAAUUUGUGUGCUCAUUAUCUGGUCUUUCCUUGGUUUGAACAGAAGAUGGAGCUGCUGGCUGUUCAGAAUAAGAAAUACAGUAAUGUCCCUCUGGGAUUAUUAAAGUAUUUCUGAUUCUAAUUCUGAAUCUGUA